CUAUCAGCAGGUGAAUAGGUGUAUUUUCCUGCAAUUUUCCUGGUGCACCCCCCAUGCGCCGAUGUCAGUUUUGCGUACCUCAACUUUGCACCAAUCAUCCAGUCAGUUUAAACACCCUUGCGUUGGUUAGUAUAACAACGCCGCUGCUAGAGCAUGGUCACACAGGUCCUGUAGCUGAAAGCUCGCGCAUCUACGCGCCAUAACCUGAAAGAUUCAAAACUGAUGCGGCCAAACUGUCCGGACUUUAACACACAUUUGUCUCAAUUGAUCAAUUUUAUUGGAGCGAGUGGUUCGUUUUGUGUUGGUUGUUGGUGGUUUCGCCUUUUGGAUUUUUAACCGUUUUUAUUUCAAGUGCCAGUGACAUGUGAUUACUUGUGGGGCCUGCAUGUGGGACAAGAUGAAAUCGCCGGCGCUCCUCAUUUUUGCUAUGCUGCUAUUUCAAAGGAUAUGCAGCAGCAAGAGUCUCAAGGGGAUGCAGCUGAAUGUCCCGAGGGCGGUCAGGGUGGGACAUUCGGUCACCCUGGGCUGUGAAUACGAUCUCGAAGAGGCCCCCCUUUAUUCGGUCAAGUGGUACAGGGACGGCGACGAGUUCUACAGGUAUGUGCCCAAGGAGGCACCGCCGACACGGGUCUUCACCCUCUCCGGACUCCAUGUGGACGUGUCCGUAUCGAACGCGCAUAAUGUGACAUUAUUGUCAGUCGGGAGACCGAUGUCUGGACUAUUUCAGUGUGAAGUGUCCGCAGAUGCUCCCCUGUUCCAUACUGAAGUUAUGUCGGCCCCAAUGACGGUCGCAGUUGUCCCUGUGGGGGUUCCGAAUGUGACAGUCGAUAAAGCGGGAUUGGAACACGGCGGUCCCCUCAUCGCCGACUGUCUAGCGCCACCAUCCUUCCCCGCCGCCAAUCUGACGUGGUACGUCAAUGACCAAAAGGUCCCCGGUUCUACGUCUUACACGGUGACCCAGGACGUGGACCAGCUGGAGAAGGCGACCAGCAGGCUCGAGCUGACCGGAGUGGGCGGCAUGUGGGAGGCGAUCAGACUGAGAUGCGAGGCCAGCUUGUUCCGGUUGUACCGUGCCAACAGUCUGGAGGUGCAGGUCAAGCCCGACACGCCUCAACCGGCAUCCGUACUGCUCAUGGGACCCAGCAUAAACGGUGGAAAAAGUGCCACAUCAUCAUCGUGGGGCGCCAUACUCUGUGCCAUGGCCGCGCUGAUGUUUACGACAAGAGGCUGCUAGUUAACUUUAACUGAGUUUUAGUGUUCGAAACGAUUUACUGUGACACCAGUGAAGUGAAUAAGUGUGCGGGAAACGGCGUCGUAAUUUUUUGGUCCCCCCAUCGUUUUUUUAUUUUCUAUUUUUUUUUAUCAAGCAAAUGCACCGUCGAUAUCGCUCGGUGCGAUUUGGUUUUUUAUCGAGACGACGAACUGUGAAGACUGCUUCCGUGUGGGUUGGCGUGGAUAUGAGUAAAAUUGAUUUCCUUUGCAGUUGUAGUCGAGGAAAUGAGUCGAAACGGUCGUGUACACUAUCAAUAGGAGGUUCUUCAAUUUUUACCAGAUAUUUAUCCUUAAAGAAUGUCUCUGAUUGCAUCCAUGUGGGAAUUUUACAAACAAACAAAUAUCUAGAUAUAGUAAAUAACGUUUAUAUACUUA